AUGGCUGCGCAAGUAGCAUCGGCACCGAGCAGAACUAACAACAAAAACAAGAAAUUAUCCAGCGGUUUGGGUCCAGAACUCAAUUCUGGAAAAUCCGGGGGAGGAGGAGGAGGAGGAGCAGGGACCGCGCGAACUGGACCGAUGCUCGGCGCUGGAGAUGGGACUCUAAAUAACGUGGACCAUCACCACCACCACCACCAGCACCAGCACCACCGAAACGAGCUGAACAUGGUUCAUUCAACUUCGGCGAACAGCAAUUCGGACGCCGACGGCGGGAACGGCUUGACGUCCGUCUCGACGUCGACUAAUUCAACGGCUUCUUCGGUGGAAGCGGGCUCUUUGGCGAGCCACAAGAUGAAAUAUGUGGGGAGCGGAGGUGCCCCUCAGCCGCCGCCACAGCCGCAGCAGCAGCCGCAGUUCAACCAAUUUCCGCCACACCAGCAGCGUCAAAUACAAAGUAACAACCUCAACAACAACGGGCAAGGUGCCCGAGGUGACAGGGCAAUGGAUAACCAACUCCAUGGCGGUAAAGAGAAUCUUUUAGGGGGGCAUGGGGAGCAGCAGCAGCAGCAGAUGCUUGGUAAGGGUGAAGGGGAGCUCACCUGUAAACCCGGAGACAGGAUGAUGGGGAGCAGAUACGAGCACCCCAACUUGGGACCGGGCAGCAACAACGUCAGCAACCAACCACCAGGUGUGAGUGGUAACUCCGAGUUUAAUAACAACUAUUAUACUUCGAGGCCUUGUUAUGAUCAACAUGGCGGACAGCAGCAGGGCAGCGGGAUGGCUGCUAUGUUGCAUUCCUCGCAACACAACAACAGCAUGGAGAACUCCCAGGAAAGCGGGUACCACAACAGCCAGUACAACCACUACCCGGGCUACAGGGCGGGCUACGGUGGCGCGGCCUACGGGAUGAUGGGUCCCUCGAGCUCGCGCCAGCAGCAGCAGCAGCAGCAGCAGCCAGGUAACAUGAUGAUGGGCAACAGCUCCUCGGCAAGCCACGGGAAGACCUCUCUUGGAUCUGCUUCCUUUCAAAGGUUCCCCGGACAUAGUCAGCAGCAGCAACAGCAGCAGCAGCAACAACAUCACCCCUCAGGGGCCACCCCGACCCUAAACCAACUGCUUACGUCUCCCAGUCCAAUGAUGCGAGGUUAUGGCGGUGGGUACCAAGACUAUAGUGGGCCCACGGCGCAGCAGCAGCAGCAGCAGAGUGGCAUGGGUCUGGGCAAAGACAUGGGCCCUCAGUAUGGAAACCCCUCGGCCCACAGCUGGGGAGGGCAGAGGACCCUUCCACACGCAGGCAAUGGAGGACAAGCCAUCGGCAGAACGCAGGUGGCCUCCAUGGACUUUAUGACCAUGAAGCGUUCCCAGCUCUACGGCAUGUCCACCAACCCCUACUCCGGCCAGCAGCAGUCCGGGGGCGGGCCUUACCCGCCUGCACAGCCAUACACGUCGCCUGCCCCGCACCGCUAUCCAAUGGGCAUGCAGGGGAGGGGCCAAGUGGGCAUGGGCGGGAUGCAGUACGCUCAGCAACAGCAGGUGGGGUCUUACGGCCAGCAGGUGAUAGGCGGAUACAGCCAGCAGCAGCAGCAGCAGCAGCAGCAGCAGCAGCAGCAGCAGCAGCCCCAGGGGACCCCUCCCUACUUCAGCCCCCCCCAGCAGAAUCCCCCAGGACCCCCACAGAGCCCCUACCUGCAGCCACGCCCACCGACACAACAGGAGACUCAACAGGAGAGUUACAGCAGCAGGGGCCCUGCCCCGGGGAACUCUGGGAAGGCCAACCAUGAAGACGGUGUCCCCCAGGACCGCCCCUCCAGUCUGCCGGACCUGUCAGGCUCCAUCGAUGACCUUCCCACAGGGACGGAGGUCGUCCCUGGGUCUGCUGUCGCCGGGGGUGCUGGUGCUGCUGCUGGAGCUGGUGGUGGAGCUGGUCGCGAUGGAGCUGCUGGUGGUGGUGGUGGUGGUGGUGGGGGUGGUGGCGGGGGUCCCCCCAGCAGCAGUAGCAGCAGCAGCAGCAGCAGCCAGGGCGAGCCAGGAGGCACCAGCAACCCGGCCCGGUCCCCCUUCUCUCCCCACGCCUCCCCUCACCUCUCGGGGCAGCCGGGCGGGCCGUCCCCCUCCCCGGUGGGCUCCCCUGCGGGCUCCACCCAGUCCCAGCACUCCCAGCACUCCCAGCAGUCCCAGCGGUCGGGCUCCGGGCCCAUCUCCCCAGCCAACGGCCCCGCAGCCAGCGCCAACGCCGCACCAGGUCCCACCAUGGCACCACAGAGUGCUGGGAACGUCUCGGAUGGAGGUGGAGCCUCCCCCAUGACACGCUCGCCCAUGGCACAAGAUAGAGGGUUCCUGUCCAACAUGCAGAGGAACCUGACAGGGUCCCAGUUCUCCUCCUCCCAGUCGGGCCCCCCUAUGUCUCCUAUACCCUCCCCUGGGGCCCCGGCUUAUCAGGGCAUGGGCCCUUACUCACAGAGUGGCCCCCCAGGAUCCUACGGCCCCCAGGGAUCACAGUUUGAACACCCAGGAAACUACCCCCGACAGUCCGGCUACGGAGGCACUUCCAACGCCAGCUACAGCGUCCCCGGGCCGGGCAUGACCAACAGCUUGGGCAUGAACGCCGGCAGCCCCAUGCACGGCCAGGGGCCCGGACAGCCUCCCCCCGGGGGCCGGGGCCCCACCAUGGGCAGCCAGGGUAGGCCCUACCACCCCAUGGCUCCCAGCUCCCCCGGCAUGCCGCAGCCGUCGGGCCCAGGGAUGGGUCCUCCUUCACUGGGCAACUCCAACCGCAAGGCCCAGGACGUGGCUCCGGCCUCCCCAGCCAUCUCCCAUAACCGGCAGGGCAGCUAUCCAGCCUCGGCCUCAGCCCAUGCGGGCGUCAUGCCUUCUGCCGUGCCCUACAACCAGGCAGCAGCAGCAGCAGCAGCAGCAGCAGCAGCCAACAACAGCUCGGCAAACAUGGGGAGUGCCCAGGGCCCGUCCUACAACACGGGGCCUUCAGGCCACGAAGGAGCUCUGCUGAUGUCCGGAGACAGAACGAGCAGCCCCGACGGAAAGCCUAAAGCAGAGGUCAAGGAUGAGAGUGGCCCCGCCAGUGAUGUUCACAAACCCAAGGAGGGUUGCUACACCACCAGUGGUGGGGGCAGCAGCUCCCAGCAGCAGCAGUGCACCUCCCAGCCCACUACACCAGGGGGCGCCCUGCCCGUGACCUCGCCACUCUCCCCCAGCCCCGCCAGCCUGUCCUCCUACCACGGAGACGACAGCGACAGCAUCAGCAGCCCCCCCUGGCCCCUCAAGACCCCCUCCAGCCCAAAACCCAAUCCGGGCCCCUCCUCCCUCGGCGGGGAGCGAAUCGCGCGUCUGUUUGAGCUGGGCGGGGAGCCGGAGAGGCGGGGCUGGGUGGAGCGCUACCUGGCCUUCAUGGAGGAGCGGGGGACGCCCGUCGCCCAGCUGCCCACCGUGGGCAAGAAGCCAGUGGACCUGUGGAGGCUCUACAACGCCGUCAAGGAGAUCGGCGGCCUGGCCAUGGUGAACAAGAACAAGAAGUGGCGCGAGCUGUCGUCCCGGCUGAGCGUGGGCACGUCCAGCAGCGCGGCCAGCUCCCUGAAGAAGCACUACAUCCAGUACCUGUUCGCCCACGAGUGCAAGCUGGAGCGCGGGGAGGAGACGCCCGUCGACGGAAGCCCCGCCUCCGCCGGCGCCGGCGACGGCAGGAAGCAGGUCAAGAUCCAGCCGCCGUCCCCCGCCCAUUCGGGUGGAGGCUCUCUGCAGGGACCACAGACCCCCCAGUCCUCUGGCAGCAGCUCCACCACAGAGACAGCUGCUGAGCUGAAGCCGCCCACGCCCGCCACCACUCCGCUGGGACAGGUCACACCGCUGCCCCCUAGCAGGACGAGCGUGAACGUGCAGGACCCGUUCUCGGACGUGAGCGACCCGGCGGCGAUGCACAAGCGCGGGCCGUCGCUGCCGCCUAGCGCCACGUACCAGCCGGGCCUGGGCAUGCCCGACAUGAUGAUGCGAAUGCAGUACGAAGCCAAGGACCCCUUCGCCGGCAUGCGCAAGAUGGCGGGAGCUGACCCCUACAUACCAAGCCAGAUGUCCAGCGGGGGCAUGCAGGACAUGUACGGGCGCCCCCCCUCCGCCAUGGGCAUGGGCCAGCGCUCCCAGUACCCCUACGCACAGGGCUAUGACAGAAGACCCGACCAUGUGAUGGGCAUGGACGGGGGAAUGGGCCCUCCAGGGGGUCAGAACAACAUGGUGGGCCCGGCCAACAACGAUGGCAGCAUCUACUCCCCCAACAGAUACCCUUCACAGCAGAGGCAUGACGGCUAUGGGCAGCAGUACCCGGGCAUGCCCUAUGGAAUACACCCCUCUGGCAUGUACCCACAGCAGCAGGGCUACAAGCGGCCCAUGGAGGGCAUGUACGGCCCCCCCAGCAAGAGGCACGAGGGGGACAUGUACGCCAUGCAGUACGCCAACCAGCAGCCCGACAUCUACAACCACUACGCCGGCGGCUACUCGGGCCCCGAGCGCAGGCCCAUCCAGGGCCAGUACCCCUACCCCUACCCCCGCGACCGCAUGGGCCCCUCGGGGCCCGGGCCCCACGGCAUGAUGAGCGGGGGCCCCCCCGCCGGCAACCACCCCGCCGACGGCCCCAACAUGUGGCCCUCCAGGACGGACAUGGGCUACCCGUACGGCAGCCGGCACGCGGGCGCGUCCCCCCAGAUGACGGCCUACGGCGCCGUGGGGCGGGACGACCCGGAGCAGUGGCACCGGCAGUCCGCCUACAUGCCGUCGUCGGGCCACAUGCAGCAGCUCUCCUCGCGCCAGCCCCCCUCGCCGUACCCCAACUCCUCCUCCAUGGCCAACCACCUGCCCAGGGCCCCCAGCCCGGGGGCCUUCCAGCGGUCCCUGGAGGCGCGGCUGUCGCCCAGCAAGGCGCCCUUCAUGUCCGGCAUGAAGAUGCACAAGAUGGGGAUGGCGAUGGGGCCCGGCAUGCAGGGCGCGGGGCCCCUGGGGCAGUUCCCGCCCAACCUGCGGAGGGACCUCAACUACCCGCUGGGGUCGGUGGAGGCCACCAUGCCGGUGCUGAAGCCCCGACGCAACGCCACGUCCAAAGACACCGGGACCCCUGAAGCCUGGCGCGUGAUGAUGUCGCUGAAGUCGGGUCUGCUGGCGGAGAGCACGUGGGCUCUGGACACGGUCAACAUCCUGCUGUUUGACGACUCCACCGUGGCCUCCUUCAAUCUGGCCCAGUUGCCAGGUUUCCUGGAGCUCAUCGUGGAACACUUCCGUCGGUGUCUUAUCGAGAUAUUCGGCAUUCUGGAGGAAUACGAAGUCGGUACUGUGGCCCAAAAGAGCCUGCUGGAGCCCGUUCCAAACCAGGAAGCAGAGCCCAGCCCCGAACCAGAAGCAGAAUGCAACAGCCAAUCAGAAGCCGAGACCGCACCAGGGGCUGAGCCGAUGGAGGAGCAAGCACCUGAUAGGCCGGAUGAGGAUCUCCCUGUCGCCGUCGAGCCUCUGGCACCGGUGACUCCUGAAAAGCAGGAAGAAGUGGAGGAGGAGAUCACGAAGGAGGAAGGGAAGGCAGAAGAGAAGGCAGAAGAAGUAGAGAAGGAGAAGGAGGAGGAGGAGAAGAGAGCCGGGGAGGCGAGUGAAAACAAGACAGUGUGCAAACCGGAGACAGCCGAGCUGCCCGCCGCAGUGCAGGAGCCCAGGCCUAAACAGGCGAGCAAGUACGACAAGCUCCCGGUCAAGAUCGUCCCCAAGGACGACCUGAUGGUGGACCUGACGGAGACGCUGGGCCCCGUCACCUCCUUCACCAGCGGCCUGCUUCACUGGCAGGCCGGCGGCGGCGACUCCACCGCCCACAUCCAGACGCACUUCGAGCCGCGCGGCGACCCCCCCUCCUCGGCCUCGAAGCCGGGGGCCGGCAAGCCCGACGGCGUCGGCGGCGAGACGGAGGAGGCGGGCGGACCGGCGUCGAGGAAGCGCAUCACGGCCACCAUCGACGACGUCCUGUGCGCCCGGGUGGACGCCCUCUCCCACGCCCACCCCGCCCGCUCCCUGCCCUCCUACCCCUUCAGGGUGCACCCGGACGGGGAGCGCGACGGCAUCACCCUGCUGGAGGACGAGCCGCGCUGCCUGGACGAGCCCUCGCUCUACACCACCUCGGCGUGGCAGGAGUCGCUGGCCAAGCGCUGCCUCUGCGUCUCCAACAUCGUCCGCAGCCUCUCCUUCAUCCCGGGCAACGACGGCGACAUGUCCCGGCACCCGGCGCUGGUCCUGCUGCUGGGCCGGCUCCUCCUCCUCCACCACCAGCACCCCGAGCGGAAGCGGUCGCCCCCCACCGCCGCCCACCCGCGGGAGGAGCCGAAGGAGCAGGGGCUGUCCUCGGGCCGGGAGGAGUGGUGGUGGGAGUGCCUGAGCUCCCUGCGCGAGAACGCCAUGGUGACGCUGGCCAACGUCUCGGGCCAGCUGGACCUCUCCGCGUACCCGGACACCGUCUGCCUGCCCGUGCUGGACGGCCUGCUGCACUGGAUGGUGUGCCCGUCAGCCGAGGCCCGGGACCCCUUCCCCUCGGCCCCGCCGAGCUCGCCCCUCACCCCGCAGCGGCUGGCGCUGGAGUGCCUGUGCAAGCUGAGCAUCCAGGACGGCAACGUGGACCUGCUGCUGGCCACGCCGCCCUUCAGCCGCCAGGAGAAGCUCUACUCCACGCUGGUGCGCUACGUGGGCCAGAGGAAGCACCAGGUGUACAGGGAGAUGGCGGUGGCCGUCCUGUCCCACCUGGCCCAGGGGGACCCCACGGCCGCGCGGGUCAUCGCCGUGCAGAAGGCCAGCGUGGGGAACCUGGUGGGCUUCCUGGAGGACGGCGUGAGCAUGGCCCAGUACCAGCAGAACCCCCACAGCCUGCUGCACAUGGGACACGCGCCGCUGGAGCCGCCGAGCGUCAACAUGAUGUGCCGGGCUGCCAAGGGGCUGCUGGCCAUGGCCAAGGUGGAGGAGAACAAGGGGGAGUUUGCGCUGUACGAGAGCCGGCUGCUGGACAUCUCCAUCUCCGCCGUGCUCAACUCCGGCGUGGUGGCCAUCGUCUGCCAAGUACUCUUCCACUACGGGAAAUUAUGA